AUGGCCCGCCCGAUGCUCUUGCUCAGCCUCGGCCUCCUGGCCAGUCUGCUGCCGGCGCUGGCCGCCUGCCCCCAGAACUGCCACUGCCACAGUGACCUGCAGCACGUCAUCUGCGACAAGGUGGGGCUGCAGAAGAUCCCCAAGGUGUCAGAGAAGACCCAGCUGCUCAACCUACAGCGCAACACGUUCCCGGUGCUGGCUGCCAGCUCGUUCCGGGCCGCGCCGAACCUCGUGUCGCUGCACCUGCAACACUGCCGGAUCCGCGAGGUGGCCGCGGGUGCCUUCCGCGGCCUCAAGCAGCUCAUCUACCUGUACCUGUCCCACAAUGACAUCCGCGUGCUGCGCACCGGCGCCUUCGACGACCUGACCGAGCUCACCUACCUCUACCUGGACCACAACAAGGUGACCGAGCUGCCCCGGGGGCUGCUCUCUCCGCUGGUCAACCUCUUCAUCCUGCAGCUCAACAACAACAAGAUCCGCGAGCUGCGCUCAGGCGCCUUCCACGGCGCCAAGGACCUGCGCUGGCUCUACCUGUCGGAAAACGCACUCAGCUCCCUGCAGCCCGGCACGCUGGAUGACGUGGAGAACCUCGCCAAGUUCUACCUGGACAGGAACCAGCUGUCCAGCUACCCCUUGGCUGCUCUGAGCAAGCUGCGGGUGGUGGAGGACCUGAAGCUGUCCCACAAUCCCCUGAAAAGCAUUCCCGACCAGGCCUUCCAGUCUUUCGGCAGAUAUCUGGAGACCCUCUGGCUGGACAACACCAACCUGGAGAAGUUCUCUGAUGGUGCCUUCCUGGGUGUGACCACGCUGAAACAUGUCCAUCUGGAGAACAAUCGCCUGAACCAGCUGCCUUCCAGCUUCCCCUUUGACAGCCUGGAGACCCUCACCCUCACCAACAACCCCUGGAAAUGUACCUGCCAGCUCCAGGGACUGCGGAGGUGGCUGGAAGCCAAGACCUCCCGCCCUGAUGCCACUUGCGUGUCGCCCGCCAAGUUCAGGGGCCAGCACAUUCGUGACACGGACGCCUUCCGCGGCUGCAAGUUCCCCACUAAGAGGUCCAAGAAAGCCGGCCGCCAUUAA